CCUGCUUCAUUCCCUACCUUUCAAAUGCGUACAUAAACAACGUGCGGUGAUGCAGAUUCUUAAAUGCAUGAUUGCUCUGAUAAUCUACUCAUUUUUCAUUCACACAUGCUUCGUUUCAGGGGACCCAACAGAGGAUUUCAAGAUUGAGAGGUUGCCAGGGCAACCCUAUUUCACGUUUCAACAGUAUGCCGGCUAUGUCUACGUCGAUAAUGCAAAAACGAGGGCUCUUUUCUUCUAUUUUGUUGAAGCAGAAACUCAGCCCGAAUCAAGGCCACUUGUUCUUUGGCUUAAUGGAGGUCCUGGUUGUUCAGCUGUUGGUUCUGGAGUAUUUAUUGAGCAUGGCCCCUUUAGGCCAAAGGGAGAUAUUCUGAUCAAGAAUGAGUAUAGCUGGAAUAAAGUGGCCAAUGUGUUGUACCUGGACGCACCAGCUGGAGUUGGUUUCUCUUAUUCAACCAACAAGUCUUACUACACCUUGGUGAAUGAUCACAUGACUGCCCAAGACUCUCUUGAAUUCCUGAACGGCUGGUUUACCAUAUUCAACAAGUACAAGGAACAUGAUUUCUACAUUGGUGGAGUGAGCUAUGGAGGUCACUUUGUCACACAACUUGCGAACCUUGUUGUUGAGAAGAAACCUUCUUAUAAACUGAAGGGGAUAGCUCUCGGUAGUCCUCUUCUGGACUUCAGUACUGACUUGAAUGCACGGGAUGAGUUCUACUGGUCUCAUGGAUUGAUUUCAGACAAUGUUUACCAUCUUCACCUGACUGUUUGUAACAGUUCUCAGAACUUCAGGGAGUCGAUGAUUACAGGCAAUAUUUCUAAUGCGUGUAAUACUACUAGUAUCCUUUCUCUCGAACAAGUUGGUGCUUCUACUAAUCUAGGUGAUGUCAAUGGUGAUAUCUGUUUAUCAUCUGGUACAUCACAGUCGCAGACAGACAGCUCUAUAAAUCCUCAGAAAUUUGGAACAUACGUAGACGUCUGUGCAGACGAGACUACAACCAAGUACUUGAACAGGGAAGAUGUGAAGAAAGCUCUUCAUGCAAAACUUGUUGGAGUCAACUCUUGGGAACUAUGCAGCGGAGUCUUGAGAUAUGAUUACAGAGACCUUGAGACACCAAUGCGUGGUAUCUUGAGCUCCUUGAUUGAGUCUGGCCAUAGGGUCCUUGUUUACAGCGGAGAUCAAGAUGCAGUUGUACCAUUCCUUGGCACUCGAACUCUGCUAAAUGAAAUAGCAAAGGAAUUAAAACUGAAUGUAACUACUCCUUAUCGAACUUGGUUUGAGGGAAGACAAGUUGCUGGAUGGACUCAAUCUUAUGCUGAUGGUAGGCUAACCUUUGCUACUAUCAGAGGAGGAGAUCACCAAGCUCCCUAUAAUCAACCAGCAAGAUCCUUUACACUGUUUGAGGCAUACCUUGCCGGGAGACCACCACCGACACGGUGACUGAUUAUUGCAUGCUUAUUUCAAUAAAUAUUAUGUGAUUCAGUCCUACCGUUUUGAAGUAUUCUGUAUGUAUUGGCAUCAAUUGAGAAUGUAAAAGCAUUUGCCAUUCCAAAUAAUUAUAGGUUUGGUUGUAUAUGUAAAAAUAAAAUUGUGUAAUGUGGUUGUGGUCGUAUAUGAGUGAAUAAAAGAGCAGAGCUUUUAACAUCUGAGUCUUGAACAAUUAUUUUGAUUGUAUUUCUUCAAACUAUUGCAGGUGACCUCCGAUUACAAAUUUA